GGUCACAUGACCGUGAUGUCAUCUCCUCCUUCAAACCACACCGACCGUGCAUCUUCCGUGAUCCGGGGCUGCCACUUGUGAAUUAGAAGGAAGCACGGAGGCGCAUUGGGGACGCACACGAUCCCCCGGUGACCCCCACCUCACACACACCCCCCCGGCAGCUGGGCGGAGACUGUGCGGGCUGCAGACUCCAUGUAGCGGCGCGGCCUGCGGCACAAGAUGGCGGAUUUGUCGCUGCUCCAGGAUGAUGUGCAGGAAGAGAUAGAUGGAUUUGGUGUGGAUGACUACAGCUCAGAGUCUGAUGUGAUUAUUAUACCUUCAGCCCUGGACUUUGUCUCACAAGAUGAAAUGUUGACCCCACUUGGAAGGCUGGACAAGUACGCUGCAAGUGAAAACAUAUUUAACAGACAAAUGGUGGCCCGAAGUUUGCUAGACACCUUAAAAGAAGUUAGUGAUGACGAGAAGGACUGUAUUUCUGUGUUAGAGAGGGUUACAAAGCUGUCAGAUGAUUCUGAGCCCACAGUACGUGCCGAACUCAUGGAACAAGUGCCUCACCUUGCAAUGUUCUGUCAAGAGAACAGGCCUACCAUUCCCCAUGCUUUCUCCAAAUACCUUCUACCCAUUGUAGUGCGAUAUCUCGCUGACCAAAAUAACCAGGUCCGAAAGACCAGCCAGGCAGCAUUGCUAGUGCUACUUGAGCAGGAGCUUAUAGAGAGAUCGGAUGUAGAGACUAAAGUAUGUCCAGUGCUCAUAGAUCUAACUGCUCCAGACAGCAAUGAUGAUGUCAAGACCGAAGCUGUGGCGAUAAUGUGUAAAAUGGCGUCAAUGGUGGGUAAGGAUAUAACAGAAAGGUUAAUCCUUCCAAGGUUUUGUGAGAUGUGUUGUGACUGCAGGAUGUUCCAUGUCCGCAAGGUAUGUGCAGCCAAUUUUGGUGAUAUAUGCAGCGUAGUUGGACAGGAAGCAACAGAGAAGAUGCUGCUGCCUCGAUUUUUCCAGCUUUGUUCUGACAAUGUAUGGGGUGUGCGGAAGGCUUGUGCUGAGUGCUUCAUGGCAGUGUCCUGUGCGACUUCGCAAGAACUCCGGCGGACCAAGCUUUCUUCUCUCUUUAUUAACUUAAUCAGUGACCCAUCUAGAUGGGUACGCCAAGCUGCCUUUCAAUCCCUUGGGCCUUUUAUAGCAACGUUUGCAAACCCAUCCAGCUCUGGUCAGUAUUUCAAGGAAGAAGAAUGUAACAACAGCAAGGAUGGAAAACAAAGUGAAGCUGCUGAGAGUAGCUCGACAGCUGAACCCUUACCGGAAGACGCCGAUAAUGUGGCUAAAGGAGAUGCAGAUACUCUAUCAGAAGAGUCUUCAGUAGAAUGCAGCAUUGUUUCUUUUACUGUGAAGUUAGACACAGACUUGGUUGAUACAGCAGAUGAACAGUGUGGGGUCAGCAAUUAUUCUAGUAACUUUAUUUCACAUUGCACUUUGGAGACUUCAGAUGACUCGGUGAAGCCUGAGCAGAGUUCUCCUGACAUGGAGGUAUCCAAGGAUCUGGAAGUAGACUCUAAAGCGGGCACUGCUACUGAGCUGUUCAAUUCCUUUCAUUAUUGGAGGACUCCCAUCCAAGAGAUUGAUAUUGAUCUGGAAUUACAUCAGACAGAAGCAGAGAAGAACAGCCCUGAAAGGCCACUUGCCCAAAAGGUUUCAUCCCCUGUAUCUCCUAACAUAGCCAUGGCUACCAGAAAAGAGCUUGAAGAGAUGAUUGAAAACUUGGAGCCUCAUACAGAUGAUCCAGAUGUAAAAGCACAAGUCGAUGUCCUCACUGCUGCCCUUAAAGCAUCAAGCCUAGAAACUCAGGAAGAUACCAAAUCCUCACACUUGAAUCGGGAGGCUGGCUGUCGUAAUAAUCUGUUUGAGACUGGGAGAAUAUACUGCAGGAUCUCCCGGGAUGACUCCAUUCCUUUAAUUAGUGAUUCUGUGGAGUGUAUGCAAUCAACUCUGCGCUAUAUACACAGCGAUUCAGAUUUGAGCAGUAGUAGCAGUUAUAGCCCCGAAGAGGAGAAAAAAUCCAAAGUUCAGGAUGUUGUACCUCAGGCCUUAUUGGAUCAGUAUUUAUCCAUGACUGAUCCAUCCCGCGCUCAGACUGUUGACACAGAGAUUGCCAAACACUGCGCCUAUAGCAUUCCAGGAGUGGCUCUUACACUGGGCAGACAGAACUGGCAUUGCCUCAGGGACACCUAUGAGACACUUGCUGCAGACAUGCAGUGGAAAGUGCGAAGGACAUUGGCAUUUUCAAUUCAUGAACUGGCGUCAAUACUUGGCGAUUCCCUCACAGCUGCCGACUUGCUGCCAAUCUUCAAUGGAUUUCUAAAAGAUCUUGAUGAAGUCAGGAUAGGUGUCCUAAAGCAUUUAUAUGACUUCUUGAAGCUUCUCCAGCCCGACAAAAGAAGGGAAUACCUCUAUCAGCUUCAAGAAUUCUUGGUUACAGAUAACUGCCGCAACUGGCGAUUCAGAGCAGAGCUAGCAGAACAGGUGAUUCUCCUACUUGAACUUUAUAGUGCCAGGGAUAUUUAUGACUACUUGCUGCCAAUUGCUUUGAACCUCUGUGGGGACAAAGUAUCGUCGGUACGCUGGAUCUCCUUUAAACUGGUCAGUGAAAUGGUGAAGAAGUUGUACUUGGAUCCUAAUACAGAGUUGGCUUUGGAUGUCAUGAAUAAACUUGUAGAGCAGUUUUGCCAGAGCUCAAAAUGGUCGGGAAGGCAGACAUUUGUGUUCAUUUGCCAGGCUCUCAUUGAAGAUGACUGCCUUCCUAUGGAUCAAUUUGCUAUGCAUUUAAUGCCUCAUCUUCUGCAGCUUGCCUCUGACAGAGUACCAAAUGUCAGAGUUCUCCUUGCAAAGACGUUAAAGCAAACACUGUUAGAGAAAGAAUACUUUUUGACUGCUGCAAAUUCACAUCAGGAAGCUGUGGAGCAGACAAUUGUAGCUUUACAGAUGGAUUACGAUAAUGAUGUCAAGUAUUUUGCCAGCAUACACCCUGCUAACACCAAACUUGCUGAUGAUGCCGUGAGCACCGCAUCUUCCACCUACUAACAAAGGCCUCCUAGAACACUAACCCCAGACAGUGUUGUCUGCGGCCUUUUCUACAUACAGUAGGGAGGAGGAACCACAAACUCUCAGAGGAUUGCCACCAAAGCCUUAAAAUCUUCUGUCUUCCUGAGAUGUCAAGAAACUUGGACUCUGACGAGUAACUUCUGUCUACUAGAGGGGAAGAUUGUAGUCUACAUUGCCAUGAUCUAUCCCAGAUGUUCACUCCCUACAUCUUUCACUGCAGGAGCAUAUGGAGGACUGCUGUGCCAUAACACAUUUUCUUAUGCCGGUGCCCAUAUUCUGAAUGGGUAGUAAAGUGGCUCGUCUUAUGCAGUAGCACUGUUUUAUUACCCGCGCCCUACAGUGAAUUGUCUCCAUAACACUUCCUUAUCGUUGUAGAGAAUUUCCAGUAUUAAUUGCAAAAGGAAUUUUUAUUAAAAAACGUAUU